AUGACCCGUGGUAACCAACGUGAAUUGGCUCGUGCCAAGAACCAAAAGAAGCAACAAAAAAUGAACAAGGGCAAACCUGCUGAGAGUGGUGUGUCUUUGACCAAGCGAAAGGAAAAUGAUGCUGCCAUUAUGCGUGCCAAGCAAGAAGCGGCUGCAGCCAAGAAAGCUGCUGAAGCAGCAGGAAAGUCAGGGAAGAAUUAA